AUGUCUUCUACCCCACAACAAUCUCAACCAACCCAACAACCAGCACUAAUGAACACCGGUCAAGCUUAUAUACCCACGUCUCAUACAACAAACGAUCAAUACACGCUUGCUCAAAAUGGAAGUUACUCGAACGAUCAAGUGUUAGUACAAUAUUGGUAUAGUAAUAAUGCUCAACCCAUUGAACAAACACGUCAAAUGGCUGCGAAUCAGUUUGUUGCACCACUUUGUGGUCAGCAGUUUUUUUUAUCAUCAACAGCAACCGUUACAACAACAAUAUGUUGCUUCAAAUCAAGGAAUGCAACAAUGUAUGCAACCAUUAAUGGGACAACCAGUCACGUACCAACAACAAGCACCAAUGCUUUCUCAUUACAUAGCAUCAAAUAG